UAUAUUAAGUUGUGAUUUCAAGUCAUUAUGUCCAAGCCAAAGCUUCAGCAUUAACAGGAAGUAGAUAACUCUCCCUUUUCAGUCUCUUUCUAAUAUUAUAAACCAGAGAGAGAGCUUUUCCGUCAUCAAUGGCAAACAAUGGAAAACUUACCACAAUUCUUAGCAUUAAUGGUGGAGGAGAAAGGCAUCAUUCCUGGGAAAGUCUUAGCCUUUCUUGAAUCUCAGCUCCAGACAAUGCUCCAUUGCCGGAUAUCUGCAUGGGCACAUCUGCCGCGCCAUUCUAUUUACCUCCCCAUCAUUUUGAAGUGAACUCAUCAAAAGGCACCAAGAGAUUCAACCUGAUUGAUGGUGGUAUUGCAGCCAAAAAUCCUACUUUGCUGGCAAUAUGUGAGGCAGCCAAGGAGAUGUCUGGCAAUGGAAAUUCUCCAAGUUUAAGCAUGGUGGACAGUAGUAAGCUUCUUGUUCUCUCUCUUGGAACUGGAGCGUCAAAGAGGGAUGUCGAGCUUGAGGUUGCCGAUGGAAGAGAAUUGGGACUCUUUAAUUGGUUCAUGGGGCCUACUAAUACCGCUCCAUUUUUUGAUGUUUUGUUUACUGCUAUGGAUGAUAUAUUGAACUCGUUGAAGUAUGCACGUCUGCUUUCUUCCAUGGUCUUAAAGACAACUAUCUUUGAAUCCAGGUUCGCCAAGAGACUGUCAGAAGAGAGGAGGUUUCGUCAGCAGCACUCCCAGACUAAUCUUUAUAGCUUGAAAUAUAUUGAAGCCUCCACGGACAACUCAAAGAAAGAAAAUCUGGAGAAUCUUGAGAAGAUUGGAAUCGCUCUGUUGAAAAAACCUGUUUCUGCAGUGAACUUGGAAUCUGGUUUAUAUGAACCACUGGAAGACAGCGGCACAUAUGAAGAAGCACUCGUCAAGUUUGCUGAAAGACUGUCAGAAGAAAGAAGAUUUCUCCUGGCUAAUAGCUCUGCUUGACACAUCUUUUACUUCCAUGAAUGUUUCUGAUACGCAAGAGGUGCUUUUUCUACUUUUAUUUUAUAUUUUUUUUUCUUUUCACUUUAGUUAUGAAUGAAGAGCACACUUCAACCUACCCAAGUCACAGUAAGGUUCAGGUUUUGUUACAGAACUAAAGCGACAUGCAAAA